CAGCCUCUUACCGUAAUCAAACUACGGUUCUACUCUACUGUCUAUUUCAGAUAUUCCUCAGUCAGUAAACGUCAACGUUGACGCCCACGAACUCUCCACACGAUCAUAUAUACGGACUGUGUGGCGCAGAAGAGUUGGUUCAUCUGGUCUGAUUCUCUUGAUUGGAUAAGAAGAUACCUCGAAGGACGUGUGGCAAGUCAUAUCUCGAUUUAGUUCACUGAGCGGCAGUCGCGUUGCCCUCUUACGGCCGAGGGUAUUCGUUCCAUCUCACCAGCAUCUCGACAGGCGUUGCCCGGACAUUAGCAGGACACUAUAUGGGUGAUCUUAGCCGUGAGCUUGUCUCUGUCCUAAGUCAAUCUUCAAUCCCUGACCUAGAUUCGGUCGACCAUCUCCUCGCCGCACAUCUCGGAGAAUUAGAGAAAGAAUCUGUUGAUGAUGGUCUUGAGAGCUCUGUGGCUCAGGUAGACGAAGCGAUGGAAAGCCAACCGUGGCUGGAAGCCCUUGAGAUAGAUGCAUUUGACCUGGAGUAUUUCGCGUCGGGACAUGAUACCGAUGAGAUUCACACUCCUCCGUUGUGGCACACUCAUCCCAUCGCGCACUCCCAAUUCUGGCAAAGCUUAGAAGCAGCGAUAGGAACCACUCCGUCUCACUAUGGAAUACAAGCUGAAUACGUGACACUGACACCAUCACUUAUCGACAAUUCUUUCGGUUCGGGUAUCCAGUUUAGUCCAUCGCCGUCGAAUUUCAUAGCCUUCACCACUCCCGCUGCCCAUGGAGACAUACCGGUCGUACCUGAGAACAGUCACAAGCGGACCUUCCGAGAGUUUCUGCAUGACUGGAGAAUCUACCGACUACCUAACCCACCAACGCCAGUCGCCUGUCAUUGUAGCGAAGGCCAAUGUGUUGGUGGAUGCAUCUCUCCUGGAAUUGCUCUUUCCGAGAUACGUGCUGACAGGGACGACUCCUAUGACAAUCAAGGCAUCGACUGGGUAAAAUUGAACACAACGCGGAGGAAUGCACGCCAGGUCCGACCGCGUAUAAUGUCUGCCCAUCUUCAUGACGCUGAUCGUGGGGAGUUCAAUGAGAGGCAGAGAAGGGCCUCGCAGGAACGCCCAGACGACACUGAGAGGUUUUUCAAAUUCCGCAAACUAUCGAGGAAGCAUAAACCAUUUGUCAACCACUACCAGCUCCUCAACAUGAUUGCUUCUACAUCCGCCAACGAUGUGUAUUAUGCUACACAAUCCGAUAGGCGAGCCAAGAUAAUGCGUACUGACACUUCGGAAAAAGCCACAUGUGUCAUGGAACUUUCGAAUGGCCCCCUAGGCCGCUUUUCCACCACAUGUCUGUCCGCUUCAAAGGAUGUUCUAGUGGCGGGGAGUUUUGAGGGAAGCUACGCCUACACAUACCUCGACACUCAUAUCGGGUCAAAGCACGUUAUGGGUCAAGUCACCGCCACACACAACGGGAUCACAAAUCACGCCCAUACCUUUCCUGACCGCCGCAACACAAGCACCCAGGCCGCAUUCUGCUCCAACGAUUCCACUCUUCGCACUCUAGACUGCGCCACAAAUCGCUUCACAAAUGUUUUUACUUAUGACUUCUUGAUCAAUUGUGCCGCAACUUCGCCCGACGGCCAGAUGCGGCUCAUUGUCGGGGACGCCACCGGUGGCCCAGCCGAAUGCGUCGCCAAGUCGUACAUCACACGCACCGACAACGGUCGCCCUAUCAAGGCGCUCUUGCACCACAAGGACGCCGAUGCUUUCGCCUGCGCCUGGGCAGACGACGGCAUUACCUUCGCUACAGCUGCUCAGGAUCACUACGUCCUCGUCUACGACGCCCGUCGCUGGGACAUGCCCAUGGCGCGUAUACAGUCCAAAAUGAGCGUCCCACGCGUCCUUUGCUUCUCACCCAUAGGUAGCGGACGCCGCACUUUGUUCAUCGCCGAAGCGGACGACUUUGUGAGUAUCGUGGAUGCAAGGACUUGGAAGAAUGCGCAAGUUCUGGACAGUUUCGGCGCACUUGGAGGUAUGAGUCUUACACCGGACGGGCAAAGCCUAUUCGUCGCGAAUGUAGACUCGACGGUGGGUGGACUGAUGGAGUAUCAGAGGUGCGAUGUGGGAGACCAGUGGGGCGUCAGGGGAGACGAGAUGUGGGACUGGAUGGGAGAGGAUGAUGUAGGGAGCCACCGCUCCACGGUGAGGAACUGGAGACAGAGAAGAAACGUGGGCAUGGAUUGUGAUAUUGUCGUAUAG